AUGCUUGAUGCAAUUCCAAGUGCAGAAGAAAUUAAAGAAGCAAUUUUUAGCAUGGAUCCUGAAAGCUCUCCAGGUCCAGAUGGUUUCUCUGGUUGUUUUUGUAGAGCAUGCUGGCAUAUAAUUCAUGAUUAUGUGGUUCAUGCUAUUCAGUUCUAUUGGAGAAGAAGAUUCAUUCCAAAAGGGCUCAAUUCAAACUUUCUAGUACUUCUGCCUAAAAUUGAGGGUCCAAAAUCUCCCAACCAUUUUAGACCAAUUGGUCUUAGUAAUGAAAGCUUUAAAAUAAUUACCAAGAUUAUUAAUACAAGAAUGAGCUCACUGAUGACAAAGCUUAUAACUCCUCAGCAAGUGGCUUACAUUAAAGGUAAAAGUAUACAAGAGAAAAUCAUAUUAGCAUAUGAAAUGGUGAAUGAAAUGAAGAAGAAAAGAAGAGGAGUUAUGAUAAAUGGUGGACCACAUGGUUUUUUCUCAGUGGGGAAGGGACUGAGACAAGGAGAUCCAUUGUCUCCAACUCUUUUUGUUAUUAUGGAAGAUGUCUUAAGCAGAUGCAUUCAUAAAAUGGUGGAAGAAGGAAAGAUAGCUCCAAUAGUUAUAAGAAAAGGGAUACAUCCAACACACUUGUUCUAUACUGAUGAUGUUUUCAUUUUCUGCAAUGGUGCUAAGAAAAGUGUAUAA